AUUACCCCGUUUGAACCCUCACGCGCCAACGCGUCGCCUUUGGAAAAGUGGGGAGAAGUGGGGGGGCAGGAGAUCGUCCUCGACUUGCCCAUCAACGUCAAACGGACGAAACGGUCGUCGGGGUCCACCUCACCGCCGAUAGGCAAGCAGCUAUCACAUCACUUUUUUGGUUGACAUUGCGGAACAGUCAUUCGGCAUACUUUUAUCGUCACAAAACGGCCACGAAGACCGACACCGGCCUCCGAUACCGAACGACGAACGGGGCAGUCAUGACAUCCCAGGGGACCAGCGGGACGGGGAGGAUACCCACGCGGAGAGUGCCCGGGACCCGUAGCCGGGCGGCUGCGGGAACAACUGGUUCGACAAUUUCUGCAGGAUUGCGACCGCAUGCAGCCCGGGGGAACAAGUCUGAGAACACCAACUCGAAUGCAAUGCCUGGCGCAACGGUUACGAAAAAGGCGGCGGGGGCAGCGGCCGCUACUUCGAAAUCAAAGACGACGGCAGCAGCAGCAGCAGCUCCAACCACUCAAAUCAAUGCUACUUCUACUGCAACACCGUUUCUGGAUCGGUUGCGAUCUUGGCGGAAUACAGCUUGGGAACAAAGCUUGUGGCCAACGGCCGCUUAUUGGGGUGAUAAGAUACUGACUAUUGGAGGCGAAGCCGACGAUUACUACCGGCAAGCAAAGAUCUAUUUCGCAACGCAAGAGUACGGCCGCACAGAAUCACUGCUAUCAUCACGAAAAGACAUUUUGGACGCCAGCAUCCGCUGCAGAUACAUGGCCGCCCUUUGUGCGACGAAGCUCGGCAAGUGGGACGAGGCGGAGGACCUUCUAAGGCCCGAUACCUAUGACCGGGGUGAGCAGCCAAGGGAAGGGACCAUGAAGUAUGCACUAGCAUGCUUACUCUCAACGUACAACGUAGAUUCAGCAGUCUCCGGUGACGAAGACAAACAGUUUGCAGGUCCCAUGUGGUACUUGGCGGGAAUUGUGCAGAGCCAGAUAGGACAGAUGACCCGGGCGAAAGACUGCAUGAAGAAAGCGGUUCUUGCAGAUCCGCGUUCUAUGGAGGCUUUCAAAUGGCUGGCUGAAAACCAUGCAUUGGACUUGGAAGAAGAGAAAGCUUUCGUCCGGACAAUCGAUUUUUCUCAAUGCGGAGAAGAUGCAUCAUUCAUGGCGCUCCUCUACCAAAGCAACACCAGAGUGUACGAUGAGCACAAGGUGGUACAACUGGAAACCACGUAUAAGCUGAAGGGCAACCAUGAUAUGCUACAACGUCGCGCGGACGCCAUGUUCGAGCGAUGCAAAUACGCUCAAUGCUACGAGUUGACCUCCGCUAUCGUGAAACAGGACCCUCACAAUGCCCAAGUUGUGCCUGUACACAUCUCAGCCAUGAUGGAGCUCGGCUACACAAACGACCUGUUCUACUUCGCACAUUGGCUAGUGGACAACUUUCCGGAGCGGGCGUCGACGUGGUUCGCUGUUGGAACGUAUUAUUUAAUGAUCAAGAAGAAUCUGGAGGCGCGGAAGUACUUCAGCAAAGCCACACAAAUGAACGGCAGUUUUGGACCCGGGUGGUUGGGAUUCGCCCACUCCUUCGCUGCAGAGGGCGAAACAGAUCAAGCGAUUUCGGCGUAUGCCACUGCUGCGAAACUAUUCAACGGAAUGCAUCUUCCGCUGAUGUAUCUUGGAAUGCAUUACAUCAACCUACAGAAUUUUGACCUCGCACGGGAGUACCUGCUGCUUGCCGAAUCCAUCAACAAGACAGACCCGAUUCUCAUGAAUGAGUUGGGCGUUCUCCAUCUCAAGUUUGCCGAAUCUAUGCCAGAAAGCGGCAAAAUCAACUAUACACAGGCGAUCGAGUACUUUGAACGUGCUCUGAAACUGGCGGAAGAAGCCGACUAUGCAAAUGCACAAUGGGCAACGACGUGGUAUAAUUUGGCGCAGGCGCAUCGGAAAGCUGGCAACAUCGACCAAGCGAGGCGCUACCUCCGAAUGAUUCUAGACACGAAUAGGAACGUCGCAGAUGCGCACAUCCUUCUCGGGUAUCUGGAUCACUACGAAGGCAAAUGGGAGGAUGCUGCGGAACAUUAUCAACGAGCGCUUUCAUACAAACCCGACGAUGAUAUCUGUAAAGAUCUGUUGCAAGAAGCUGUUACUGCCUUCACAAGAGAAGCGGAAAGCAAGUGGCCGGCACUUCCACCAACGUCGAAAGACUUCUUCCUACCGCCCGAUAUGGAAAAGUACCGGCAUCUGCAAGACCCUCCGGAAGAGGACUUGUCAAUGAGUGAGGAGAUACUGGAUCCAGGUCCUGACGACGCUGACGAGCUGGCAGACCUCCAUGAUGGAGAUCAAAGUCUGCGGAACUCGUCGAAUGUGUUUGCCCAACCGAAUACCCCUGCCUCUCUCAUGUCAGCCGAGGAGAAGCGGCAAGCCUUGCUACGAUUUCCAAACGGAUUUGAUACCACGCCGUUAUUGCCACAACCCGCCUGGAUGACGAGCACAUACCAGCAAGUCAGCUCCAUAGCCUCCUCAACAUCCUCAACAUCCUCCAUGGUCCCAUCUCCAUCCUAUCGCGGUCCUCGCUCGUUACCCAUCAGUCGUCGUGGACUCCCUUCCAAUGCCGAUGCAACACCUCAAACCCUCCAUCAACAACACUCUGACUCCACGCCCAACGACCCAGUCGGACUGACAGAAACGCCGCCAAACGGAACACCGGCGAUGUCGCAUGGCCGCACCACCCUCCGUCGGUCUGCUCGUCACGGGCAUGGGCCGGCUUCGAGCGCGAGAACGCCGGGUACGCCGGGAGACGGAGACGUGAGCAUGGAUAUGGAGAUUGACGAAAUGGAGUGAGGAAGAAGUUUUGCUGGCUGUGGAUGCCACCGGGCGUAUGUAGAGUUUGAGCGUUUCCUGUGGGGAAAGGUGACAGCUGUGAGAGGUGUAUAUGAAGCUGCCGGAGCGGAGAGAAGAGCACAUGGUGCCACGGUUGAGUGUAGCUAGAUAUAAUAAUCGCAUUUUUGGCUUUUCCAUUAUCGCUCUGCGUCGCAGAUUGGUCGGAGUUUGGGGUUUGUUGUCGAAAGGAAACAGGUUUCGCCGACGAAUGAUGAAGGAAAAUAACAGAACCAUUGUGCGUUGCAGUAACUUGACGAAGGGAAGAAACGAAAGCCAAGCUAUCAUUGGCACACGGUGUUUGUGCCGGAAGAGUGACUGUGGAUAAACCGAACAUGGCAGUUUGUCCAAGCUUAUUACUUAGUGGCCAUGACAAACGCGUAAGACGC